CUGCUUCCGGUCUCCGGUCUUUCAAGGAAGGAAAAUGGCGGCCUUCGGACGUUUCUCUCAGAUGUUGUGGAGGUCUUCGUUGACCCAGACCCGGCGCCAGCUGUCAGCCGCCGCCGCCGCUGGGGGCCAUGGCGAGCAGUCAGCUAAAACAUGGAAGAUCCUGAGCUUUGUGGUUGCCCUGCCUGGCGUUGCCGUGUGCAUGCUGAACACCUUCCUGAAGGAGAAGGAGCACAGCCAUGAGCAGCCUGAGUUUGUCCCAUACUCACACCUUCGCAUUCGCACCAAGCGUUUCCCCUGGGGAGAUGGCAACAAAACCCUGUUCCACAACUCGCAUGCUAAUGCCCUCCCUGACGGCUAUGAGGGGCAUGAUGAGUGAAGCCUGCAGACCUCAGCUCUGGCUCUAAGGAGCUCCCUCUGCUAACAUUACAGGACCACACUCCUAUUUACAGUUUCAUCUUUGGAGUUUUAUUGUUUAUACCUCUGUGCUCUAGACAUGGGGCACCUGAACCAACAACUCCUUUUGUUCUGGACCAUUAAACAAAAACGUCAGCUUGAACUUAAUGAACAUGAAUAAAGUAACUCUUUAACUGA